GCAUUAGAGUAAGAGACUAGAAGCCGAGAUGCUGGCAAACCUACCGGAGCUCAUCGGUCUGGUCUACUCCACCCUAACUCGCCUGAGGGCGGGACCGAGUCUGCGAAGGAGGAAGCCGGAAGUUAGGUGUCGGGAGCCACGCUGUGGACCCGGCUUAGCUCUCUUUCCAGCGGUUCGCUUCUGACUACCGACCAGACCUGGGCCUGGACCUCGGGUGGUGCCCUCUUGCCCAGGUCCAGUGUCUGCUGCUCGAUUCUUGUUACAAGCGAAGGACAGUUUACGUGCGUGCUGUUAGGUGGGACUAGGCAGUACAGUCACCUGCCAACAGAGGGCGUGUUACGCUCCAGUGCAUCAAAGUGACCACAGUGUGGCCAUGGGUACAGCACUUGUGUACCACGAGGACAUGACAGCCACCCGGCUGCUCUGGGAUGACCCCGAGUGCGAAAUUGAGUGUCCGGAGCGCCUGACUGCAGUCCUGGAUAGCCUGCAGCAGCGUGGCCUAGAACAAAGGUGCCUGUGUUUGACAGCUUGUGAGGCAUCUGAGGAAGAGUUGGGACUGGUGCACAGCCCGGAAUACAUAGCGCUGGUGCAGAGGACCCAGACCCUGGACAAGGAGGAACUUCAGGCACUGUCUAAGCAAUUUGAUGCUGUCUACUUCCACCCAAGCACUUUUCACUGUGCCCGGCUGGCCGUAGGGGCUGCACUGCAGCUAGUGGAUGCUGUGCUAACAGGAGCUGUUCACAAUGGGCUUGCCCUGGUGAGGCCUCCAGGACACCACAGUCAGAAGACAGCUGCCAAUGGAUUCUGUGUUUUCAACAAUGUGGCAAUAGCAGCCAAACAUGCCAAGAAGAAAUAUGGGUUGCAGAGGAUUCUUAUUGUCGACUGGGAUAUCCACCAUGGCCAGGGCAUCCAGUAUGUCUUUGAUGAUGACCCCAGUGUCCUUUAUUUCUCCUGGCACCGCUAUGAGCAUGGGCACUUCUGGCCAUUCCUUCAAGAGUCCGAUGCAUGUGCAAUUGGGCAAGGGCAGGGCCAAGGCUUCACUGUCAAUUUGCCCUGGAACCAGGUUGGGAUGGGAAAUGCUGACUAUUUGGCUGCCUUCCUACAUGUGCUGCUUCCGUUGGCCUUUGAGUUUGACCCUGAGCUGGUGCUGGUCUCAGCAGGAUUUGACUCUGCCAUCGGGGACCCUGAGGGACAGAUGCAAGCCACACCUGAGUGCUUCGCCCACCUUACACAGCUGCUGCAGGUGCUGGCUGGUGGCCGGAUUUGUGCUGUGUUAGAGGGUGGAUACCAUCUGGAGUCCCUAGGACAGUCAGUGUGUAUGAUGGUGCAGACACUACUUGGUGAUCCCACGCCUCCCCUUCUUGGGCUUAUGGUGCCAUGCCAGAGUGCCCUGGAGUCUAUCCAGAGUGUCCAGACAGCCCAGGCCCCUCACUGGACAAGCCUCCAACAAAAUGUGGCACCAGUUCUGAGUCCCAGCACCCACCUUCCUGAAGGGAGGUCUCUGUCUCUGCUUGCUGAGAGCUCCACUUGUGAAGUAGCAGAAGAUGCACCAAGUCCCCUCCUGGAUGGAGUGUGCCUUCGCCCUACACCCCCAGUCUGCACAGCUGUUGCCUUGACUGUGCCAGGUGCUGCUCUGGCCUUACCUCCUAGGGUGCUCCAUCAGGAAGGGUCAGCCAUGAGGGAGGAAACUGAUGCCUGGGCCAGGCCACACAAGUCCCUGUUCCAGGAUGAGGGUCUUGAUGCAUUGGGGAAGAUUCUGUGUCUCUUAAGUGGAAUCCUGGAUGGGCAGGUAAGAAGUGGAGUAGCUUCCACAACUCCCCACGCCACAGCAGCAACUUUAGAUGUGGCCAUUCACCGAUGCCUAUCCCACGGAGCUCAGAGGCUGCUCUGUGUAGCCCUGGGACAGCUGGAUCGACCCCAGGACCUUGCUGAUGAUGGGAGAAUUCUCUGGCUGAACAUCAUGGGCAAGGAGGCUGCCAUCUGGUCCAUGUUCCACAUCUCCACUCCGCUGCCACAGACGACUGGGGGGUUUCUGAGCUGCAUCUUGGGUCUCGUACUGCCCCUGGCCUAUGGCUUCCAGCCCGACGUGGUGUUGAUGACACUGGGGCCUGCCCAUGGCCUUCAGAACGCUGAAGCUGCUCUCCUGGCUGCAGUGCUUCGGGGCCCAGCAGGGGGCCGAAUUCUAGCUUUAGUGGAAGAGGAAUCCAUACUCCAGCUUGAAAGUACCCUGGUACAGGUACUGCGUGGAGAAGCACCUCCCAGUCUGGGCCCUUUCUUGAUGGCCUCUCCAGAGGAGAUCCAGGCCCUUAGGUUUCUAAAAGGUCAGCUGGAGCCUCGGUGGAAGUUGCUGCAGGUGGCUGCUCUUCCACCAGGACAGUGCUCUCCAGUCGCUUGAAAUCGACCAAGGUGGGCGAUUCCUAUGUGGAGAAGAGCGCACACAGGCGGGAGACUGACGCCCCAUCUGCACCCUAGGCAUCCUACUUCUAGAACAAUAAAUAUCGGUUAAACAGA